AUGUCCUCUCGCAGCUUACAUCUGCUGCUUAUCUGCAUCUGUAUCACUCUCGGUAGCCUCCUCGCAGCGCUCUCACCGCAAAUAUUCAAAGUUCGACAGGAGAACAUUAUCAAGCUUGCGACGCUCGGCGCUGGACUGCUCGUUGGCAGUGCGUUGGGAAUUGUUAUACCAGAGGGCGUCGAGAGCAUUUAUGAGCAUUCGAGCAGCACGGAAACAGCCUCACGGAAAAUAGGUAUACUUACCACUACUGGAUUUGUUAUGAUGCUGCUUAUAGAUACGCUCAUAGCGCCGCAUAAUACCCAUUCGCAUGGUAAACAAGAUGUCCAGCACGAUGAGCGCGAGCACGACGAGCACGCCGAAGAGGGUCAUUCGAAUGGCCACAACCACGCCCAUGCGCCACGUAGAAUGCGCUCUUACACCCCCCUACGCCCGAUUUCUACAAUCAAUACGUCACCUUCCAAGGCCAUUUCCAAAACUGCGGGCUUGACGAUCCACUCGAUUUGCGACGGUGUUGCUUUAGGCGCGGCUACAUACGGUGAUAACGGCGGUGGAUUGAGUUUGGUGGUGUUCCUCGCGAUCGCUGUGCACAAAGCACCUGCUAGUCUUGGUUUAUCCAGUAGUUUAUUAAAUUUGGUGCCGCAAUUGAGCAGGACCUUUUAUAGACUCUGCAUCGUUAUUUUCUCCCUCUCAACCCCAUUCUCAGCAUUCGCAACUUAUACUGCACUCCAUCUCCUCAAUCUGGGCACUGCUCUAGGUAGUAUUCCCGGAUACGCGCUUUUGUUCUCGGGUGGCACUUUCCUCUUUGUGGCUACACAGGCCACUUCCGAACAGCUAGAGUGCUCUACGGAUAGGAAAGGCUUUUUGAGCAUGUAUCUCAUUGGCAUUUUCGCACCUGUACUUGUAUCAGUUUUCUUCAAACACUCACACUAA